UGGGGUGUGUGUCCAUGUGUGUGAUUACAAACCUUGAAAAAUGUAAAACUGAUUCUAAGCCCAUGGCCAUAGAAACAGCUGGUGGCUGAAUUCGCCCUCCUGCCCUAGGGGACCCCCAGGGGCUGAUGAGUGAGCAGCAGCAGGACUCCAGUCCGGUCCCGUGGCCAAGGAACCCGCCGCCCCCCUCCCUCUGCCCGGAGGGCCCGAAGAGCCGUAACUUCCCCGGAGAGGUUCGCCAGAAGCUGCACGCCUUCGCCUCGGGCGUGACCGCCAGCCCCAGCAAGGAGCAGCGGGAUAACUUGGCUUUGGAGACGAGCUUGACCACUGAGCAGGUGUACAACUGGUUUGCCAAUUACCGGCGGCGCCAAAGAACCAUUUUCCAGCGCAUGGAGCCAGCCCAACAGGCCACCUCAGAAGACCCCAGUGCAAGGCAGAGGGGUCCUGAUCCCCUGCACUCCUCGGGCGAUCCUCAUGUUGACCCUGGGUUUGCGGACAGACCUCAGUGGUCAGCAGGAGGUGAGGAAAAUAGACCUCCAAAGUCCCCCGAGAACACCCCAGGACUGUGGGAGCUGCAGGCCCUGGCCCCAGACGUUCCUAGAGAUGAGACAAUCUCAAAGCCACUGGCUCCCAGGUCUCUACAGUGUGGGGAGAUGUACCAGGAGGGGCCUGGCCAUGAUCCUGCCACCCUCCCCCUCAUUUGCCCUGGCCCUCGCCUCUGCCCUCUGGCUGCCAGCAGUAACACGAUGGAUCCCUCUCUGGCUGCACCUGAAUCGUGCCUGAUGUCCCUUGCAAUGGCAUCCUCCAAGGAAGUUUCCUUCCAGACGGGGCAACUGGCCCAUCAUCAUGGGCUGGACUACAUGAUGCGCCCUGCAGACGCCACUGUGUCAGUGUCCUUCGCCACCCUCGGUGAUCCCAGGCCUACAGGAUUUGCUGACCCGCCCAGUGGCCAUCCCCAGAGCAUGUACCUGGAGGAGUGUCCAGGCACAAGUGGAGAACGAGCAGAUCUACAGUCGGGUGACUUCCUGGUGACACAGCCCCCGCUGCAGGCUCCUGACCUCAUCCUCACCCAGAGUCCCCUAGAGCUGGCGCCAGGCCCAUCCACCUUCCAGGGCUCAGGGUCUGCCAUGGAGCUGGGCCAGCCCCUGCCCUCCAGCAAGGUGCAGUGGCCUGAUGGCCAGGUCUCCUGUGAUGCCUUCUGGGGAGCCAGGAUGCUCCUUGAGUUUUCAGGGGGCAGCCUGGGCUGAGUUGUACCCCAGGAGCCAGCCCAGAACCUCAACAGAAGCAGGUGUGGACUGUCCAGCUGUUCAACACAAGUUACAGAGCUUUAUCCUGAAUAAAAAAUGAGGUCCCCAGAGUUCCCUGAGGGGUUCUGCCGAGAAGCACUGAGGGCCUCUUGGCUUGCUGGCAUGUUCAAAUAGUUUGGUGGGCAGCUCCCUGUACUGCAGGGAGCAUUUGAGAAAUGUUCAUGAGAGCAGACGUCAAAGGUUAGUAUGUCCUGUGGGGGCAGCGAUGGAUUGGAGCUAAACUCUGGUGCAAGAUGUGUGCAGGGAAGGACUUUCUGGGGAGAGGAGAGUGUUCCAGUGCUGGUGGCCUUCCCACCUGCCCUGCGCCCAGUUACUGUGGGAGUGAGAUGUGGCAGGUGUUCUGACAUUUCUGUGUUUGUGGGGCUUCUCCCUUGAGUGCUGAGAGACAGUCCCAGGCAGGGCGGAUUUUCCCUUCAGGUUGUAAUUCAUGUUUGUGACACAAAUGUUUCAAUUUAAUUAAAGUUUAAUGUUUUGAACUC